UUCAACUUGCACUUUGUUUUUCGUGAUUUAUAGCUUAUUUGGAGUUAAUUUGAAGAAGCCGUGUUACAUCAUGGUAUAUUAUAGAGGUGCUAUGUGAGUUAUAAACAGGCAGGCAGUAAGGAGGGAAUAAUGUCAGACUUAAUAAAGGCAGGAACACCUGUGUCAGCUGGCAGACAGAUGAGUGCCAGCCUGCGUGAGAGACUAAAACGAACAAGUCGAUACUUCAAGUCACCCUCAAAUGUAAUUUCACCAGCAUGCAACAGUUCAAAUGUCUCAAGAUGCAGUGAUCGAUCCAUAGAGCCUGCACUUGGAGUCCCAACCUCAAAAUGUAACACUACAAAUACUACAAAGGGAGAUAUAGCACCUGUAGAACAUAGCCCAUAUGGUACAAAGAGGGCACGGAAAAGCCCAAGAGUGAACAAAACAUUGAGUUUUGAUACAUGUAAUAGUGAACAGAAAACAAAACAGGAUAUUCCUAAUACUGAAUUAACAUCUAAUAAAAAUGCAGUAAUUCAGGUUACUAAAGACAUAAUCAAUGAACAAGCUAACACAAAUAAAGUGCCAGGUCAGAAAGCUAGAUCUAAUUUAAAUCAAGAACAUUCACCUAUUUAUAGUGCAGAGUCUAGACUUAAUUGUGAUAAAACUAGUGAUAUCAAAGAUGUGAUACAACUGAGGAAGCAGAAGGCUGAAAUACAAACAAGAAUCAAGGAAAAGGAAGAAAAAUUGAGAAAACUGCAAAUGGUGAAAAUGUACAGGUCCAAGAAUGACUUGACACAUAUGCAGGGAUUGGUUGAUAAAUGGAAGACCGUUUCCCAGGAUGCUCUUCUGGAGCUACACACCAUGGCAACUGAACCAAAACCUUCACUUACCAACAUUGUGGACCACUUUAACCUUGAUCAUGAGACUGUUGGCUAUGACAAAGAAGAGGAAAGUUUUGACAGCUGACUUAAGCAUGUUAUUGGGAUUCAAAUAGAACCUGUUUUUUACAGAACCUAAUUUUCAACAAAAUGUGCCAGAAGUGACUAAAAAUGCA